AUGUAUUCUACUCAAGAACAAACCAUUACAACUCCACAAGAUUAUCCUACAAGUGAUGAUUUUUACAUUCAUUUUCAUUUGAUCAAUGUAAAUUGGCCUUCUCAAAUUAAUGUUACAAACUCAAUCGAUGAUUUUACAACUACCGUUAAUCAAAACUUUUGGAUUUCUACUAACAACCUAUGCAGCAAUAAUCGCACAACAAUUGUGAAUGAAGAUGGAAAUAUCUCUUUAUACGAAUCUUUUUCCUGUCUGCCUAUUCCACAUCCUAUAUUAGAAACAAUUAUUCCGGCCAUUGGUGGUGCUGUUAGGCAAAUGGUAGAAGAAAAUGUGGAAGGUCGUGAUGUUUUAGAGAUGCAUGUGAUGCUCCGUUUGACCACAUGGCCUAUUCAAGUGGAUAAUGUUAUGUCUCAAGAAUGUCAUCCACAUGUCUGUGCAGCAUCUCAACUUGUUUUGGAUCGAUUAGAGGAAGUUACAAAGUAUCAUACUAUUGAUCAUUAUUCUGCAAAACAAUGUUCAAUUUGUUUGGAAGACUUUUCAAAUGAAUCUAAACCAGAACUUAUUACGACAAAGUGUUUGCAUAUUUUUCAUAAAGAAUGCAUUUUUAGGUGGUUUAAGAAAUGCAACACUCAUCAAUUGUCUUAUUCGUGUCUAUUGUGUCGUUGUAACUGUGAAAUAAUUUGA